UCACCGCUAGUCAGCGUGAAAGCUAGCUGAUGUGAAUUAUCGUAGACCGGAUUCUUGGUUGUGAAGCUAAUUUAAAUGAAUUAUUUUGAAGCAGUUUUUGUGCAUUAACACGUCAAUGGAUUUUAAAUUGUUGGACACUCGACUCAAGUGAGAUUCUCUCACAUAUUAGUUAACAAUGUGGAGUAAUCGGUGUGUUUUCUGCAGCUGUUUGAUCCAGUUUUGCUGCUCUGGCUGAAAUAAUCCAUAAUGAAUCAAAAAUGUAAUAAGACAAGAUUCAUGAACUUGAUAUUUCUAAAGCUGUUUUAGAACAUGGCUUAUGGGUGAUUUGGUCGUCUGCGUGUAGCAUGUGUUUGUCUUUUGGAGAAUUUUAAGUCCAAAACAAGCUUGUCUUGAUGUACCACAAAAAUGGGGACUUGAGAUCAACUUCAAUUCCUAAAUCAAACUUUAGACCUUUUUUCAACUGUGUGGACAAAUUGGCAAGGGGAAAAAAUGCGGAUCAGUUUUUGCCAAGGCCUGUUGACAGGAGCCAUUAUUCUCAACCUCCUGAUUCUCUACUAUGUGUCUCGUGCACAACAGCAGAUGAUGGAGAAGAGGAAGGAACUUGGGAGGGGCACCAGGAGGGCUGCCCUACCAGCUUCAAGUCUGGGAGGAGGUCUUGGGUUACUUGUAGGGCCUGGAGGUGAACCAGGAGUAGCUGGUGUAGAAGGACACAGCCGUGGCCCUCGUGUGACUAUACUUGUUCGGGAGUUUGAAAAUUUUGAGAAUUAUGUUGGGGAUGUGGCUAAUUCCUUUCUUCACCAGAGACCGGAACUCCCCUUCUUGGCUGUUGCUGACACAUCUCCUUACCCUCCUUUAACACUUCCAGAUGGGGCUCGACUUCUGUUGCUCUCCCCCAGUCCUGAUCAGCCACCACAAGCUCACAGGCCAGAAUUUCACAUCCAGACAGAGUUUGUGCUUCUAGUGCCUGAUGGUGUGGAGCUUGAACAACCUAGAGCAAUUGAGAGGUUGAUCAGAGAGCUGGAGGGUGAAGGUGGGGGGCCUGUGAGGCUGGUAGCUGCACCAGUAUUGGCUCGGUCAGCAGUGCAGUGUCUCCACUUGCGGGUGAAUCUCAGAGAGUGGACAGCCACAUACUCACCUGCUACAUCUGGUAGCAGCGGAAGUGUAUGCACAGCUUUACAGGGAGAUGCUGUGGUUCUUAUCCGCACCGAGGACCUCUUUAACCUCUCUGUCCCUCUAGGGCGACCCCUCUUCUCAUCACUUUUUGUACAGACUGCACUGAGAGGCUGGAAGGUCAAGUUGUUGGAGAGCCCCUGUUUCUCAGCAAACCACCGUCCCCUCUUCAGCUCGGCUCACAACCAGUGGAAGGCUGACACUCGACUAAAGGAAGCCACUGGAAAGCUAAUGAGGAGCUUUGGUCUAAAACGUAUCUUGCUGCCUGAUGGUAAAGAGCAGUGGUUUGGCUGCAGUAAGGAGACACCACGGUGCUUUGGCACAGUACACGAUGAUACUCCAGACUACCUGUACCUGGAUCGGUGGACACCACCUUGCUGUCUGAGGGCACUCAGAGAAACUACCAAGUAUGUCAUUAAUAUUCUGGAAAGCUCAGGUGUCCGUUACUGGCUAGAGGGGGGAACCCUUCUGGGAGCUGUUCGCCAUCAGGACAUCAUUCCAUGGGAUUAUGACGUAGACCUUGGCAUCUACCUGGAGGAUAUACCCAACUGUGAUCACCUGAAGAACUUGGACUCAGGCUCUCUGGUGGAUGCUAAUGGUUAUGUCUGGGAGCGGGCGGUGGAGGGAGACUUUUUCAGAGUCCAGUACAGUGAGGCCAACCACCUACACGUUGACCUGUGGCCAUUUUACCCACGUAAUGGCGUCAUGACAAAAGACACGUGGACAGAGCACAAACAAGAUGUGGAGUUCCCAGAGCACUUCCUGCAGCCACUAGUACCCAUGACUUUUGGUGGAAUCACUGCCUACGGCCCUAACAAUCACCGCGCCUUUUUGGAGCUGAAGUUUGGAGAAGGGGUGAUUGAGAACCCUCAGUACCCCAAUCCAGCCAAGAAAAGAUUGGACAGAAGCAAAUUAUGAAAACAGAUGGAGAGACUCGUAAUCAGUUAUGUGAUGUAAUUUUAUUUGAACCUUACACAAUGAGAGUCUUGCCUCAGAAACAGCCAAUAACAUGACAUCUACUAAAUAAUGCAGUGCCAUUCGCUUUUGAGAUUUAACAGAGCUAUGUGAGCUGUUUUUCCUAUCUUGGUACCAUUAUUUUGGAGAAAAGGACUGUUCUUUACGGCAGGGCAGUUUUAGUUACAAGGGGCAUGGAUGAUUUAAAAAAAAAAAAACACAAAAUGCAUAAACACUUGCUUUGAGUCCUACUUACUCAAGAGGUGUGAAAGACUGGUGUUAUAUUGUGCACAAUGCCUUUGUGUUAUCCAACGCAAUAUACUGCUGUAAUACAAGUAACUUAAAUAAUAUGAAUAUUCAGACAGUGUACAUUAUCUUAAGCAGGAUUUAAGGUAUUGUACAAAAUGAUGUUGUGAAUUUUGUGUAGGGUGAUUUGUAAAUGUUUGAUUGUGUUGCAUUGUUUUGCACUAAUUUGUUUCAUUUUCAGGUCUACACAGUUAAUGAAUGAAAAAUACUGCCAUUAAUGCCAUUUGGUAGCAUGAUAAGUAGAUGUAUUAUUUUUUCAGCAGCAGAAAAGCAACAAAUGUUGCUAUAUUAGCCUUCAUCAAAGAAUAUUAAGCUCAGUUACAUGUUACUGCAAAGCUCUUCAUCUUAACUAAGUGAAAUGUAAUAGUCUUGUCAUUGUAUUACUCAAAGAAAGCAUAUAGGACCCAGAAGGGGAACCUGAAGAGCACAUACCUCUACCAUGGCCUCACAGCCCUGUAAUUCAGUCAGGUGGAGAAAAAAUCUGCUUCUGAAUUGAGUGGCAGUUUUUUCACACCAUGUCUUCAGAGUAACAUGUUUCCUUGUGGUGAUGUUGUUGCUUGUGUGUGAUGUGUUGAGAUGUCAGGUCAUUUCAUAAAAAAAGAAUAAAAUAAAGCAAU